ACUUGUCUCUUCCAUGGCAUCUCCGAUCCCUCCUCCGAUUUCAAUCUCAAACCCCACCGAAGCUAUCCAAAAUAAUGUUCCCCCUUCAACGACAAGUUUGAGUACCGUACAGAAAGUGAAAAGCAACUUGGUUUUUCGUUCAAAAUGGUCCGAACUUAAUGGAGCCAUGGGGGACCUAGGCACAUACAUACCCAUAGUACUUGCACUCACACUAUCCAAAAACCUCAACCUUGGCACCACAUUGAUUUUCACUGGCAUGUAUAACAUUGUCACUGGUGCCAUUUAUGGUGUCCCCAUGCCUGUUCAGCCCAUGAAAUCCAUCGCCGCCGUGGCCCUCUCCGACACCGGCUUCGGUGUGCCGGAGAUCAUGGCCUCCGGCAUCUUGACCGGAGCUGUUUUGUUGGUAUUGGGUGCUACUGGGUUGAUGCAGCUUGUGUACAAGCUCAUUCCUUUAUGUGUUGUCAGGGGAAUUCAGUUAGCACAAGGCUUGUCUUUUGCUUUAACUGCUGUUAAAUAUGUUAGGAAAGUGCAAGAUUUACCAAAGUCUAAAUCUUUAGAGGAUAGGCAUUGGUUUGGGUUUGAUGGGUUGGUUUUAGCCAUUGUAUGUGUUUGUUUUAUUGUCAUUGUGAAUGGUGCUGGUGAUCAGGAUCAAGAAGAUAGUUCUAGUGCUGCUGAUUUGGGUGACCCAGAGAGGGUUGAGUUAGGAGAAAGAAAAAGGAUUAGUACUAGUAGAGUGAGGAAGAUUAUUUUCUCUCUUCCUUCUGCUUUUAUAGUCUUUGUGUUGGGUGUGGUUUUGGCCUUUGUGAGAAGGCCUAAGGUGGUGCAUGAAAUAAAAUUUGGACCCUCUUCUAUAGAGGUAGUGAAAAUGUCUAGUCAUGCAUGGAAGGAAGGUUUUAUCAAAGGUACUAUUCCUCAACUACCAUUGUCUGUUUUGAACUCUGUGAUAGCUGUUUGUAAGCUGUCAUCAGAUCUGUUUCCUGCUAAGGAUUUUUCAGUUACUUCACUUUCAGUAACUGUGGGGUUGAUGAACCUUGUGGGUGGGUGGUUUGGGGUUAUGCCAUGUUGCCAUGGGGCUGGUGGAUUAGCAGGACAGUACAAAUUUGGGGGAAGGAGUGGAGGGUGUGUGGCACUUCUUGGUGCAGCAAAAUUGGUGUUGGGGUUUGUGUUAGGAAGUUCUUUAGCUCAUAUUUUUAAUCAGUUUCCCGUGGGAAUCUUAGGUGUGCUGCUUUUGUUUGCUGGGAUAGAACUUGCCAUGGCUUGUAGGGACAUGAAUACCAAAGAGGAUUCCUUUGUGAUGCUUAUUUGUACUGCAGUUUCCCUUGUGGGUUCAAGUGCUGCUCUUGGCUUUUUGUUUGGAAUGAUUAUUUUUGUGCUUCUUAAGCUAAGGAAUUGGACAAACAUUAAGCCACUUUCUACAAUUUGGAAGCUUCAAAGCCCCGAACAACCUUGAAGAAAAAAGGAGAAUAUGUACACGAUGCUAUUGCUUAUCUAGUGUUUUCUGGCUUAAAUAGUAGUAGUCAGUAACUCAGUAUGCAUAUGUAUGACUUAUAAGAAUGGUGUCACAAGUUUCUCUAUCUGUUUUUUUCUUUUUUUGGGUCAAUUUCUUUGUGGUAUUUGAUACUGAAUAUUGAACCUUUAAUGGGGCUUCUAGGACUUCUGUGCUGUAUUUGUAAGGUGUGUUGAACAUAAUUAAUUGGCUUG